AUGGCUUCUGGUGUGUGUUUUGAGACUAAAUAUAUCAGAAGUAAGUUCAGAAAAGUUCCAGAUGUUCCAAAAUAAACAUUCCAGGAUAUAGAAAAUGUAUCAGACCAAUGAGAUAACAUCAUUUUUUUUUGUUUUUUAUUCGUGAUUAUUAUUUUGGAUUGAACAUUUGAAUUUUUCUAAUUCUCUAGGGUUAUAAGUUCUAGCCAAAAAUUGAGAUAAUCAGGGAUUUUGAACUAUAAACAACUUUAAUUAUAUCUGAUAUGUGAAAAACAGUUCCACACAAAAAAUUGUGCAGAUAACACAAACUCCAAGGUUUUUGUGCUCUUGUUGACCUGUAUCUUUAUAAUAUUGUUAUCAGGAAACAAUUUUUUAUUCUCAAAAUACAUACGAUUCCAAAUGCUAUCUCGGUGCUAUAUAAUUUUUUGCAUUAUUAUUUUUUGUACUAUUUCAAACUCUGAAAAUAUUAUUAUUAAAACAAGUUAUGGUAACUUACGCGGAAAUAUCAUAGAGAGAAGAAAUGGGAACAAUUUCCAUAUUUUCAAAGGUGUACCAUUUGCAAAACCACCAAUUGGUGAUUUGCGAUUUGAAUUACCUUCAAAGCUUGAAUCUUGGAAAAGUGUGAAAAAUGCAACCGAGUUUGGGUAAAUAAAUAAAUAAAUUUUCUAUAGAUAUUUUAAUAUAUUUUUCAGGCCUUCUUGUUUGAGCCCAGAAGAUUUGAUAAAAAAGAAGCGUUUUCACAUGUCUGAAGAUUGCUUGUACUUGAAUAUUUUCACAUCUGAAAAUUGUUUGAGAUCUCAAAAAUGUCAUGUUCUUAUUUAUUUUCACGGAGGUGGUAUGGAUUCAGGAUCGCCUAACUAUUUUCCAGACGAUUUUAUUUUACAGCACUAUGUUAAAGAGGGUGAGUUUUUUCAUUUGUUGUUAUAAAAAUGAAAAACACAAUUUUUUGAAGAUGUUAUUUUUGUUAUUCCGGCAUUUCGUUUGGGAGUUUUUGGAUCAUAUAGUUUUAAAGAUGAAUCAAUUCCCAAGAAAAAUCUCGCGUUAUACGGUAAGUUCAUUUUCCGAAAAAAAUUUAAACAAAAAAUGUUUCAGACUGCAUAGAAGCAAUCAAAUUUGUCAAUCGGGAAAUCAAAAAUUUUGGAGGCGAUUCAAAAAAUGUUCAUCUUAUUGGACAUUCCAUGGGUGGAACAAUAGUUGCAGCUCUUGGAUUCAGCAGGUAUUGCCAAUCCAAUUGUAUUUUUAUUUAUUCAAUUCUAGAUUCGUCGAUCCACAUCAGAAAUUGUUCAAGAGAUUGUUGAUUUUCAGUAUGUUACCUUCUUUUGUGAUGCCAGAAUUAUAUUCAGAAAAUGUUUAUAAUAUCACCAAAUUAGUUGGAGUGAGUUUGAUCUUUCGAUAAAAAAGAAAUGAAAAUUGGAAUUUUUCAGUGCCAUAUGUAUUUCACUGAUAAGAGAAAAACACUUGAUUGCAUGAAAAACAUUGAUUACAAAACUUUAAUGAGAGCACAAUAUCAACUUCUUGAAAAUCAUCAUUAUUUCCUUGGACUCUCUCGAAAUCCUCCGAUAAUGUUAGAAAAUGAAACAGUUGAAGCAUUUAUAAAUAAAUGUCCACCAAGAGAAAUUCUUAUUGGAGUUACGAAAAAAGAAAAUGCAUUUGAAAGAUGGCCAAAAGAAAAUCCGUUUGUUUCUGGAAGUUUUUGGAAUUUUCACAAUCCUUAUGAAGUUGCUGAAUAUUAUGAUUAUUUGCAAUAUGCUCCAAAUUCUACGAUUUAUGAACCAGAUUCUGAAUCAACAUUUGUUGGAACUUGGUUGUAUUCGAAGAAAAUGGCUGAACGUGGUGGUAAAGUUUUUCUGUUUCAAUCAGAGUAGGUUAAAUUCAUUAUCCAAAGACCGAUUUUACUUUUAAUAAUAUUUUUUCAGCCAAGAACCAGGUUCAAGUCACAUGUCUGAUAUGCAAUAUUUCAUUGGACUCAAUACUGAAAACCGAACAACCGAUAUGCAAUUGUUGGACUCAUUUUAUAGUCGAAUGUUGGUGAAUUUCACGAAAUAUGGCGAGCCAUCUCCAAGUUAGACCUAUUUGCAAAAUAUCUGGUUUCAUCAGUAUUUUUUUGUAGAUUGGAAAACUCUGGAUCCCUCAAAAAUGAAUUAUUUUUCUGUUCAAGUUAUUUCUACAUCAGAUACCUGGCCAACUAUGAAAAAUAACUUUCAAAAAGAAUGUUUGAACUUUUGGAUAAAUAAUAUCACAGUUUUUGAUAAUUUUGUUAGCAGAACGGUGAGUUUGGUAUUCUAAAACUUGAAAAAAUGUAUUUUUUUUCAGAAACAUAAGAUCUUCAAAGAUGAAACAUUUGAAUUGAAUCCAAUUUCCGAUAAAUGGUGGACGUAUUUAGCAAUAGUUGGAGUGUCAUUUCUAGUUGCUGUCAUUUUAUUUUUUAUAAGAAUUUUAAUAAGAAGAAGAGGAUAUAUUUCGAUUGAAUGA